CCCAGAAACCUCUAGACAGCAGUAGCCCUGGGAAAGCACGCGAAUUGGCUGCGUGGUGCGACGGGAAUUGUAGUCCCGCCUGACAGAGCGCCCCCGGAGGACUUCCGGGCUGUGAGUCCGAUUUAGGCGUCCCGCGGAGGCCUUCGGGAAUCGCAGUCCGGCACGCGCGAGUCUCCGGGAACUGUAGUCCGUCCCGCCUGCCCAGUCAGCGUGGUACCACCCUGUCGCUGUCUAGGAAAUGCGAAAGCAGCCAGUCCCGGGGAACAGAGAGGCCGGCGUGGUGAGGGCCAGGCGAGAGCCAUGCGGAGGCGGGUGGGAGCAUGCCUGGUUGCCAGCAGGAGCCGAGGAGGGCAUGUCUCAGGCACCGGAAGCUCGGCCAAGCCCACCCUCAGUGUAUCAUGAGCGGCAGCGACUAGAGCUGUGCGCCGUCCACGCUCUCAACAACGUCCUCCAAAAGCAACACUUUAGCCAGGAGGCUGCAGACGAAAUCUGUAAGAGGCUAGCCCCAGAUUCCCGGCUGAACCCCCAUCGCAGCCUCCUGGGUACCGGCAACUAUGAUGUCAACGUGAUCAUGGCUGCCCUGCAGGGCCUGGGCCUGGCCGCUGUGUGGUGGGACAGGAGGAGACCCCUGUCCCAGCUGGCCCUGCCUCAGGUGCUAGGCCUGAUCCUGAACCUACCCUCUCCUGUGUCUCUGGGGCUGCUGUCCCUGCCACUGCGUCGCCGGCACUGGGUAGCCCUGCGCCAGGUGGAUGGCAUCUACUAUAAUUUGGACUCAAAGCUGCGGGCACCUGAAGCCCUGGGGGGCGAGGAUGGUGUCAGUCUCCCCACAUUUCCCUUCAGGGCCUUCCUGGCAGCUGCCCUGGCCCAAGGCCUGUGUGAGGUGCUAUUGGUGGUGACCAAGGAGGUGGAGGAGACCGGCUGCUGGCUGCACACAAGCUAACCCACUGCCUGUGAAGGGCUGAUGCUGCUACACUCCCAAGUGUCCAGUGCCUGGAAGGGGCCUGCAGCUGCGGGCCCCCGGAGGUCUGCCUCCCGCCCUAAGGUCCCCACUCUCCCCACCACUGCUGCCUCAAUAAAUCUGCUCUUUUGCUA